UUGCGUCAGAGCUCAGUCUCCUGCUAUAAAAGCACAGGCUGCUGCAGCAGCAAGCAUUCGAGGCUUGAACCUGAGCCCGUUGUACACCUCCACACAUACAUACACACACACACACACACACACACACACACACACACAGAGGAGAGGGAUAGCAGCCUGUCCUCCUACCACUCAGCCAUGAGUAGCAUCGGAUAUGACCCCUUCUACUCCGCCUCGCCAUACAAACGCUGGUAUGUCGAGGCCCCCCCUCGUGUCGCGGUGACCAGAGGGAGGACCCUCUCCGUCUACUCCUCUCAUGCUUCCCCGCUGUCCUCCUCCCGUCUGCAGUACUCCUCCCCUGGCCGGGUGCUGCUCUCCUCCUCCUCACAAGCCGCUUCUCUGGAGCUGGAGCUGAGCCAGGCCGCCCAGAUCAGCUCCGAUUUCCGCACCGUGCGCACCCAAGAGCGCGGCCAGCUGCAGGACCUCAACGACCGCUUCGCUGGCUUCAUCGAGAGGGUGCGUGAGCUGGAGCAGCAGAACCGCGCUUUGGAGGCAGAGCUGCUGCUGCUGAGGCAGAGGUACACGGAGCCGUCCCGCCUGAGAGCGCUGUACGAGCAGGAGGCCCGGUCCCUGAGAGCUGCUGUGGAUGAGGCCAGGGCAGAGCAACAGGCUGUCCUGGGACAGAGAGAGCGGCUGGAGCAAACCCUGAGCGCCUUGCAGGGUCGAUAUGAGGAGGAAGUGCUGGCGCGUGAAGAGGCCGAGGGCAGGCUGAUGGACACCCGCCGCGAGGCCGACGAGGCUGCCUUAGGCAAGGCUGAGCUGGAGAAGAGUGUCGAAACUCUGCUGGAGGAGCUGGCCUUCCUCAAGAGGAUUCACGAAGGCGAGGUGGUUGAGCUCCAGGCCCAGGUCCAGAUGGGUGUCCAGGUGGCAGUGGAGUCUGAGGCCGCAGCUCCGGACCUCUCCGGGGCUCUCAGGGACAUACGGUCCCAGUAUGAAAGGCUGGCAGCAAGAAACAUGCAGGCAGCAGAGGAGUGGUUCAGGGGGAAGGUGGGCUCCAUGACCGAAACUGUGGCCCAGCACAGUAACGCCGUGAGAAGCAACAAGGACGAAGCGGGAGAGUACCGACGCCAGCUCCAGGCCCGCCUGCUGGACAUCGAUGCAUGCAGAGGCCUCAAUGAAUCCCUGGAGAAACAGCUGCAUGAGAUGGAGGACAAGCAGAACGCUGAGAUAGAUGCUAUGCAUGACACCAUUGCAGAGUUGGAGAGUGAGCUGAGGGGCACCAAACACGAAAUGGCACGCUACCUGAAAGAUUACCAGGACCUUCUGAAUGUCAAGAUGGCUCUGGACAUUGAGAUUGCUGCAUACAGGAAGCUUCUAGAAGGGGAGGAGUCUCGUUUCAGUGUAGGAGUGCCUGUGAGUGUGUCCUCUAUGUACAGCCACAGUUUCGCAGCGCCCUCCAUCGCCCGGCCCUUCCUCUCCAGCAUGAGCUCUGGCACCUCCUACCUGAUGACAUCACACCUCCUCAGCUCCAGCUUCAGCACCACCGAGGGGCUCUUCUCUGCCAGCCACGCCCAGCAAGCAGAGGCCAGCCCACCUGAGGAAGAGGAGGAGGAGGAAGAGGAGGCAGAGGAGGAGGUAAAAGAGGAAGAGGAGGAGGAGAAGGCAGAAGAGGCAGGAGAAGAAACAGAGGAGACAAAGGAGGAAGAGGAGAAGGAGGAUAAAGAGGGAGCAGAGGAGGAGGGAGAUAAAGAGCAAGAAGAUGAAGAAGAGGCUAAGGGAGAUGAAGAUGCUGAGGGAGGAGAUGAGGAGGCCAAGGAUGGAGAAAAGGGUGGUGAGGAGGAGCAAAAGGAAGAGGUGACAGAGGCUGCCGAAGAUGACGGGGAGAAAGGGGACGAAGGAGAGGAGACUGAGGUUAAAGAGGAAGCCCAAGAGGAGGUAAAAACGGAAGGAGGCGAUGACAAAGAUGAGGAUGCAAAAGAAACAGAAAAGGCGGAGAAAGAUGAGGCAAAAAAAAGUGAAGAGAAAGAAGAUAAAGCGAAUGCCAAGAAAGAUGACAAAGAUGACAAAGUUCCUUCGAAAACAGAUGUCAAAGCUGAAGCCAAAAAGGAGAAAGAGGAAGGAAAAGCAGCCAAACCGGAAGCUGCAGAGGAAACGAUCACAAAGGGUAAAAAGUAAGCCAGUAGCUUCAGAAAACUUCAAUCACGACUGUCCAUUAGCUCGAUAACCAGUAGAGGCAUCUACGCUAUCCUCUCAAAUCUGCUUGUUAACAUGGUGCUCAAUAAAACCGUCCAAUAGCCAUUCACAGCAGCAAAUCAAGGUAAACUGCUUGCCAAUAUGAAUCCAUAAAGGGUCUGGUUGCACACUUCCCGAUGAGUGUAAUAUGUGUAAUUGCUGAGUGCAAAAAUGGGUGUGUGAGAUGUUGGUGGUUUAAUAAACACCUCUUAAAGCCA